GUUGCAUCAUGGGAGCUCAGGUGGUGCCAGUCACGCUCCUCCUCCUGCUCUGUCCUCUUCCCCUUCCUUUGGCUUCACAUCAGCCCGGUUCGUCCGGAGUCUAGACCCGAGCGGACCGGUAUCACACCCGGUACCAGACCCGAUAGCAGACCCAGGCCGCGCCGGGACAGAUUGUCCCGGUUUACCUGGGACCCGCCCAUCUCCCGGAUCACCUGCCGCCAUGACGCAGCGGUGACGCAGACCGACCGGAACCAGAACGAACCCGAACUAAAACACGACCAGGACCCGCAAACCGAGCCAUGGACCCACUGGUGUCCGGAGAGAAGUUCAGCCCGCGACAGGACCCCGACUGGGACGCCUCAGACCACUUCCUUCCAGCCUCGGACCCCAAACACGUGGAGAAGAAGCCGUGUCGGAGGAGGCUGUGGGGGGUGGGGCUGCUGCUGGCGGCCGUCGCUGUGGCGCUGCUGACGGGGCUGUUGGUGUGGCGCUUCCACCUCCGGAACAACGUCCGAGUCAAGAGGCUCUACAUCGGUUCCAUGGGGAUCAGUAACCAGAGGUUCCUGGCAGCGUAUGAAGACCCCUCCAGUCCUCAGUUCAGGACCCUGGCCUCUCAGGUGGACCAGCAGCUGAAGCUCAUCUACAGUCAGAACUCGGUGCUGGCCAAGUACUUAAGCGGGUCCACGGUCCAGGCCUUCAGCGAAGGGGACAGCGGUGGCGUUGGCGUGGUGGCCUAUUACCAGUCGGAGUUCGAACUCCCUGAGGCUCAGCAGGAUUCACUGGACGAGGCCAUGGCGUCUGUGGAUCCACCAGAGGGAGGGCAGCAGGGACGCCAGGGUCGACUGAUGAUGAAGCCCACCGACGCGCUGGACGUCCACCACGUCAGCUCUGAAGCUGUUGAUCCACGUAUGAUCAGGUCGACUUUAUACGUCAAGAAGUCCUUCAAUAUCCACGUCAAAGAGGGUGGAGUCGUCCAGUCUCCAGGGUUUCCAGACUCCGCCUACCCGCCCAACAUCUACCUGAACUGGCGUCUUCGGGCCGAUCCUGGACACCGGGUCCACCUGGACUUCGACACCCUGAUCCUGGAGGACGACUGUGAGCAGGACUUCAUCAAAAUCUACGACUCUCUGGCACCGAUUGAGCACCGAGUCCUGACCGAGCGCUGUGGAUAUCCUCAUGACUCGCUGUCCUUCGUGUCGUCUGGAAACGUCCUCCUGCUGACGUUGGUCACCAACAAGGAGAAGAACUUCCCCGGGUUCAGGGCCAACUACUCCCAGAUCCCUGCGACCGCGCAAAAGUGUGGAGGGAAACUGACCACAGCUAAAGGCACCUUCUCCUCACCCUUCUUCCCCUCCAACUACCCUCCUCAGACCACCUGCACAUGGGACAUCCAGGUGUCACAGGAGAAGUUUCUAAAGGUUCAGUUCAAGGAGUUCUUCUUGGGAACCGAUGACGACGGGUGUGGAACGGACUACGUCGACGUCAACGGGCAGAGAUACUGUGGUGGUAAACCCAAAAACACCGUGGUCACCAGCAGAAGCAACACCAUGACCGUCACGUUCCACUCCGACUCGUCCUACGUCCACCAGGGUUUCACAGCAGAGUACGAGGCCUUCAUCCCGACCAAUCCGUGUCCAGACCGGUUUCGGUGCUCCGACAACCUGUGCAUCAGCCGCGACCUGCGCUGCGACGGCUGGGACGACUGUGGCGACGGGAGCGACGAGGACGGCUGCAAAUGUGGCGAGUCGCAGCUCAAGUGUAAGAACGGCCGAUGUACCAAGUUCUGGGAGUGUGACGGCUACGACGACUGCGGAGACCAGACGGACGAAGGGAACUGCGUCAAAUGUAAACCGGGAGAGUUUUCCUGCAGAAACGGACGCUGCAUCUCUGAGAAGCUCAAGUGUAACGGAAAAGACGAGUGUUCGGACGGAUCCGACGAGUCCACCUGUGAAAAAUCUCUGGUUCUUCCGCAGUGUUCAGACUUCACCUUCCGCUGCAGAAAUGGUCGUUGCAUCAGCAGACUCAACCCGGAGUGCGACGGCGAGCCCGACUGUGAGGACGGCUCCGACGAGGACAACUGCCAGUGCGGGACGAGGCCGUACCGCAGCUCUCGUAUUGUGGGCGGGCAGGCGUCGCGGGAGGGGGAGUGGCCGUGGCAGGUCAGCCUCCACAUCAGGGGGAUGGGUCACGUGUGCGGAGCGUCGGUGCUGAGCCGCCGCUGGCUGCUGACCGCCGCCCACUGCAUCCACAACAGCGCCACCGGCAGGUUCACCGACACCGACCAAUGGCUGGCCUUCCUGGGGCUGCACACGCAGAGUCUGACCAACCAGUGGACGGUGACGAGGGGCGUGAAGCGGAUCAUCGCCCACCAGAACUACAACCCGGUCAGCUACGACAACGACGUGGCCCUCCUGGAGCUGGACGGGGACGUGGUCCUGAACCAGUACAUCUGGCCCAUCUGCCUGCCCUCCGCCUCCUUCCACAUCCCAGCAGGACAACGGGCCUGGAUCACCGGCUGGGGGGCCACCAGGGAGGGAGGUGUCGGCACCAGCGUCCUGCAGAAGGCCGAAGUCCGGAUCAUCAACAGCACGGUGUGUCGCCGUCUGAUGGAGGACGACGUGACGGACAGGAUGAUGUGUGCCGGCGUCCUGCAGGGGGGCGUGGAUGCCUGUCAGGGCGACUCUGGAGGCCCGCUGUCCAUCACCGGACCCGGGGGGCGGGUCUUCCUGGCGGGCGUGGUCAGCUGGGGUGACGGCUGCGGUCGGAGGAACAGACCGGGAGUGUACACCCGGAUCACCCAAUACCGGAGCUGGAUCAAGGAGAAUACAGGCAUUUAGCAAAGGGGGCGGGGCCUCUGACAUACGGGUAUUUAGCAGAGGGGGGCGGGGCCUCUGACACGGGUAUUAAAUGGGGGGCGGGGCCUCUGACAGUUUUAAUUGAAAGAGUUUUAAUUGGAUCACAUGGGCUUUGUUUGUGGUUUGUGUCGGUGCUUUUCAUUGGACCUUUUGUUUUGGUGGUAUUUAUUUGUACAGUUCUGUGUGGUUCUGGUUCUGGUGGUUUGGGCUUUCGUCAGAAUCAUGGAUGUGCUUUAUUGUACAGGAUUGAUUUAAUAUGGCUGGUCUAAUCUUCUGUUUCCAUGACCCUGUUGGUGGUGGUGGGUCCAAAUGGGUCCAAAGGGUUUAGGGCAGUGAUUUUCAACCUUGGGGUCGGGACCCCAUGUGGGCUCGCCUGGAAUUCAAAUGGGGUCCCCUGAAAUUUCUAGUAAUUAAUAAAAAAUGAAAACUUACUAAUAAAAAUUUACAUUAUA